AUGACGACUCCACUGAGCACCCAAGAAGCGAUGAAACGCAUCGGGUCAUCUUCCCAGAUUCAUAUGCAUGCCUUUGAGGUAGCUCUCGGGGUAUUGACCGGCUUGGCGCUUCUGUGUUUUGUAGGGCGGAUAGUCAUUCGCUUGAAAUAUCAGAGGCAAUUAUGUCUAGACGAUGCAUUUCUGAUCCUUGCAGCUGCCGCUUUAGUCACUGCGACGGGCAUAUUAUAUCAUAUUUGCUAUUUCCUGUAUCUGCACUCGGCCGCUUUGCUAGACCCUGAAGUCUUGCCUUAUGUUGUCACUGAUUUCAAUCAGCUGCUCAACCUUCAGAAGAAAACAUAUCCAUAUCUUGCCCUGAUAUGGACAACGACCUAUGCCGUCAAAGCCUGCUUUCUAGCUUUCAUGCGCCCCUUGGUUUGGCAUAUUUCGCGGGGCGUGAAUUGGUACUAUUGGUUUACCGUCACCUUCUCAUUAGUCUCUUGGGCAUUUGUGGUUGCAGAGCCAUUUAUUAUCUGCCCGUAUUUUGGGUUAGACGCAAUGCAGUGUUUUAAUUCUACUGUGAACAAGCAAAAGACGGUUGCGCUUACUGCACUUGUCACCGUUCUAGACAUACUUUCCGAUAUAAUGGUUGUAAGCCUUCCCAUCAUAGUCCUCAAGAACUCGCUCCUCAGCCGUUCCACCAAGUUUGGGCUGGCGAUAUUCCUCUGUCUCUCUAUCUUCAUGGCGAUCCUUGCCAUCGUCAGGAUAUCGGGAUUCUAUUACAAUGGCCUCGAGGAUGAUAUCUGGGAGUUUUUUUGGCAGCAAACUGAAGGCGCCGUGGCAGUCAUGACGGCGUCACUAACAGCUUUUCGUACUCUAUUCAUCAAACGAAAAGGCGACCACAGGGCCGAGGCGCCCGAAGAAGUUCUGAACCCGAACAAAUUCCGCAAAUUUCUCGCGCAGUUCAAAGCGCUAGCUCAAGAGCAGCCAGAGGAGAAACCCACAUCGACAAGCUCAACUUUUAAACUCCCCAAAGUACCAUCCCCUAUCCUGACGGGUCUACGAAGUUUUAUUCACAAGAACAACCAAAAUGGGGCACAUUUACCCACGAAUGCCACUAUUGACUCGGCAUUCGAUGAUUAUCACAUCACUCUCCAAAAGCAGACACCUUCUGCCACUAGUCACGGUCGCUCGAAUGAUUCAGCUAGAUGGGUUUGA